AUGGGUUUUGACUACGCGCUCGUUCAUCUCAAGUACACGAUCCCCCCGGCCGUGGGGCUUACCUGGCUCUAUCGCCCUUUCUUCACCAAACUUGACGUGUACAAGGUCGUCUACCUGAUAUUGGUCGCUGUGCUGUCGACCAUACCAUGGGACUCGUACCUCAUUCGCACCGGAAUCUGGAGCUACCCCGCCCAUGUCAUUGUUGGACCCAAGCUGCUGGAUAUCCCUCUGGAAGAGGUCUUUUUCUUCGUUGUGCAGACAUACAACACAUCGAUCCUCUAUCUUCUCCUCAGCAAGCCCACCUUUCAGCCUGUCUACCUCAGCCCUGAACGCGGCGCAUCCGGCCAUCGAUGGCGAUACACCAAAUUUGUUGGCCAAAUCUUCUUUUUGGGCGUGAUUGCGUGGGGAUGGCGUUGCAUCAAAGAUGACAGCAAAGGAACGUAUACUGGACUCAUCUUGAUAUGGGCCGGCCCGUUUCUGCUGCUGCUCUGGAGUCUUGCAUACCAAUUCAUCCUGGCGCUUCCUCUAACCAAUACCGCGGCACCCAUUAUCCUUCCGACACUCUACCUCUGGAUCGUCGAUACCUUGGCCUUGCGUAGAGGAACAUGGGUAAUCAACACAGGUACAAAAUAUGGCGUGCACUUAUGGGAUGGCCUCGAAAUUGAAGAAGCUCUCUUCUUCUUGGUCACCAACUCGCUUAUAGUGUUUGGUCAAUUGGCGUUUGACAAUGCUCUUGCAGUGCUAUACACCUUCCCGGCGUUAUUCUCGAAGCCCUCCCUGCUCCCAUCGCCCAUGGUCUUGAUGCGCGCUUUGCUCACUUCAUGCUCCAAGUACGACGAUGCGCGCCUUGUGGGCCUUAGCGAGGCUGUGCAUCGUCUCAAGCGAAAGAGCCGUAGUUUCUACCUCGCCUCCGCAACGUUCCCUGGACCUUUACGGGCGGAUUUGUUGCUACUCUACUCCUUCUGCCGCGUUGCUGAUGAUCUGGUGGACAAUGCCUCCUCUGCCGAUGAGGCCAAGGACUGGAUAGCGAAAUUGCGCAAGUUCCUGAAUAAUACUUACAGCGAUUCUGCAUCUAAGCCUAUUAUACAAGCCCAGGUCCGGGAAGACUUUCCGGCCGGCACGCAAUCUGCACUCCUACAGCUUCCAGCUGCUAAGCUCUCGCACCAACCGUUGGAGGAUCUUUUGCGCGGGUUUGAGAUGGACCUUGCUUUCGACAAGGAGCCUCUGGUCAAAACCACGGAGGAUUUGCGUUUGUACUCGGAGCGUGUGGCGGGCACUGUAGCUCAAAUGUGCAUUGAACUCAUCUUCAACUGGUAUCCUAGCGCUUUACCUGUUGAAGAGCAACGGACUAUAGUUGCUGCUGGUAACGGUAUGGGCGUGGCCCUGCAGUAUGUCAACAUUGCGCGCGACAUAGAAGUAGACGCUAAGAUUGGGCGUGUUUAUCUUCCUCUGAAGUGGCUUGCUGAAGUGGGGUUAAGUUACGACGAGGUAUUAAAGAAGCCAGAUCACACGCAAAUCGAGGCCUUGCGCAAGCGUCUUCUGAAGGAUGCAUUUUCUCUGUAUGAAGAGGCCAGAGAUGCGAUCGAGCGUUUGCCAAUUGAGGCGAGAGGCCCUAUCCGGGUCGCGGUUGAGAGCUACAUGGAGAUUGGAAGGGUCUUAGGACAGGACAACUUCAAAGUCAAAGCUGGACGUGCUACUGUGCCCAAGUCGAGGAGGAUAAUGCGUACUAUGUAUCAAAACCGGCUACUGGAUCCAACGGGCGCGUCUCUUGUUUCCACUAGCAGGAAGAAGAAGGGCGGGCCGCGGAUCGUAAACCGGUCGGCAAAAGGCAAUUACAAGAAGCUACUUUGGUUCAAACAGCCUUUUCCCGAUAACUAUACAGAUGAGACCACCUUUCUUGACCACCUUCAGCGUAAUCCAAGAUUGCAGCCCUACGAAUUUUGGUCACUGAUGGGUGACGCCACGGUCAUCGUGCAGCAUCUUGCAACAGUGAUCAUAUUUGCCUGCUGUUUCGUGGCCAUCAUUCAUGAUAGAGUUUCGCCUGUAGCCAUAGUGGGGUGGGCCACUUUAUGCACAGUUCUAGCCUGGUUCCUAUGGGACCAUUGGAUGGGCCAGGAGUUCGCGACCGUCUCCAACGUGGCAUCGACACCCACUUUAAAUACAGACAAAGCUGGACUACAACCCUCAUCAGCGCUCUCAGGACGAGCUCAACAGCGUCUAGCAACUGCCAAAUCAGCCCUGUUGAUUUAUGCGGCUUUACUUGGGCUCAGUCCGAUUCUCAAGUCACUGACACGCUCCACGACAAGUGAUUCAAUAUGGGCGUUGAGUACAUGGCUGCUGAUGAUGAACGUUGCCUUCUUUGACUACAGUGGAGGUACAGGUGCACAGUAUGAGAACCACUCUCCUUUUGAGUAUACAUGCGGCUAA